AUGUAUAAGCUCGAUCUUCCUAUCGAUAUGAAGGAGACCGCCGCCAUAGAACGGCGGCGUAACCGAGAACUACAGCGACAAAGUCGAAUUUUCAACGCAAGAGUUCGAACCAUUGGGGUAAGGAGGUCUUGCUUCUUUUAACCAUAAAUUAAGUUGUAGACUAAAAACUGGGAAAAUUUGUUUACAGCCCUCGUAUGAGAACGAAUGUAUGAUUCUUAGGCACAUUUUUCAAAGCUGUUCUAAGCUUUACUGGCGUAAAUUUCUAAAUUUUGCAAGAUAAGUUAGCUUGGCAAACAAACGAUAACAACAACAUAUCGAAAGACAUGAAAAUACUCUACGAAAGUUUUUUUCAUUCAUUAACACAUCUUUUGGUCCUCUAGAUUGACUUACAAUCAUUAAAUGAUCAAGUGACAGACCGAAAUAGACGGGAAGUUGAAGAGCAAAGACGCCAUAAUGCUUUUGGUAAGUUACUCAUGAUAGUUACUCCUGGCAAUAAGGAAAUAUUUUGAAGUAAAUAUAAAACAUUUUUAGCCUUUUUUGUUGGUGCAUUAAAUAACACAAUUAAAUAAUAAUUUCAUAAUGGACUGAAAGAAUACUGAUUUCACCAACAGCAUUUCUGAAUAUAACUUCUCUAUUUCCUCUUAAACAGCUGCUGACAUGACGAGAAAUGACAAAAUUGCUGUGCUCCUUCAAAGGCGUCAAGAACAUGACAUCCGUGAGCUGAACAAAGCAGUUAAUGAAUUUCGCCAGUCGCACCAACAGCCAGACGGUAGACGCGAGUUUGAUCUCAAUGAUCCUGAUGCUUUGAAGAAAGACAAACCAGCCAGGGUAUCAGAUGAUGACCCUCGUUGCGGUGUGUCAUCACUGCAAAAGUUUGUUGGAGAAGAUCUGAAUGGCAAGGCAAGAUCAAAACUACAGCAAGAGCAAGCACGGUGAGUUUUACUUUGUUGUGUUUUAUUUUUCAAACAAGGUAAUUUUUUAUUUUCCUCUGUGUGAUUUAUCUGGGACUUGUCUGGCUUCAUUGCCAAUUCUUUGUCUUGUCACACAAUGCUCCCCCCCACAAAUAGCUGCUGAGAACCGAUCAAUAUUUCUUUAGACCACAAACAGUGAAAGGGAAAGGAAUGUGGUUUGGUUCUCAGUGGCCAUUUGUGGGGAGAAGCGUUGCAUGACAACAUAAAGAAUAGCUGUGGAGCAGACUAAUCUGGGACAAAAAAAUAAACAUAAAAAUUGAACUGGUUUGAAAUGAUUAAAAUGAUGGUAAAUUGAAUCUCUUAAAACAGGCAACAAAGAAAGAAUCAACAAAAACAUCCACUCAGGGCUGAGGCUAUCCUUGCCAAUAAUAUCCAAUACUAUAUUCCAGAGUCAUUCAAAGCCUAGUUCAGGCCCAGAAAUUCUGGGUUAACUGUUAACAGAGCAUAGAGUUGGCAUGGCAACAGAUUAAGUCAACAUUACCUUUGAGCAUCAGCUGUUAACAACAUCAAUUUUCUCCGAACAAUAUACCAUCAAUCCUCUAUUAAGCCUCCCCACUUUUUAAGGGGAGGAAAGUUAAUAAGGUCCCCCCCCCUAAUUAUUAUUCACUAGAAAGUUAAUAAGCCCUGGCCCUCUCCCCUAAUUAUAAUUCACUAAUAAAUGGUUGACUGUAGUUAUUCACGACUAUAAAAUUUCAUGUGGACUGAUCCUGUAUGGUUUAAUUUACCCAUUUACCGCAACCAACCUUUUAUUCACAGAGAAUGGAUUAAGCAGCAAACAAAUGAAAAGAAUCAAGCAGAUGCAAAUCAGAAGUAUGCAGAUCAUUUAUAUGAUCUAAAAGCCAGAGAAAUGGAUCAAAGGGCUUGCGAACUUGCGAGUGCUGAAGCUGAUUGUCGGCGGGCCAUAAACAUGGCAACAAAGGACAUGAAUGAAGCAUUGGCUAGAGAAAGAAAGGCCAAGGAGGAUACUGAAAGACAACAGGAGCAAGAUGACAAUUUUACUGAGAUUUCUAAUCAUGUGUUUGGUGACAUGCUUACAGAAAAUCCUGAUGUUGCUCAGAGUGCUUUUGGCCCCCACAGGGUAAUAACGGAUCGCUGGAAGGGGAUGAGUCCAGCACAACUUGCUGAAAUAAGGCACAUUCAACAGGCCCAGAUUGAAGAGAAACAGGUAAAUAAAUAUCUCUUACAAUAAGUUAAAGGAUAUACUAUCAGUGAAAGUGCUAAUUGAUGUGAUCAUGGCCACGUAUGUGUCUUUUUCCUGUGGCUUGGGUUAUGUGCCUUGGUCAAAAGAAUAUAUUUUAAAAAAAGGAAGUUGUGAUCCGAUACGAUUCCCACAAGGAAAAUGAAUAAUUUUUUUGGAAAAGUACUAAGUGUACACAGCUGUUCUUUUCAUGAGCCAUGCUUUUUAGAAAGAGAACAUUGAAGACAGAGUAAAAUUAUUGGAUUCAAGCAUUUUAAAUUAUCAUUCGAAGCAACUUUUUAUUUCUUUCAUUGGCCAAGAGCCUACCAUGUGACCUGCAAAUAACUGCCUACAAAUAAUCGUCUGCUCAUGCACAAUGCUGUCCAACUGUGUUUGGCUGCAAAUAAUAUUCUGCACAUGCGUGAAGGAAACUGUGCUUUUCUCCUUCUUGUGAUCGCUCUUGCAUGAAAAUGGCAGAUCGCUUUGCUUCCUGAGGAUAUACAUUAAAAAUUUAAAACAAACUCGGUGAUCCAACGAUUAAUUAUUGAACUCGGUUAUCACAAAAUAAGCAUUAAACAGUCGUCACAGAAAUUAACUAGACGAGCGAUGUCUGUUUAGAACUAUAAAACGAGUUUGAGCAGGUUAUUAACAAUUUUUAACAACAGAUUGCUAAUCUAUUGUUACUGGUUAAACGCGUUAAUAGGUUUUUAAAAUUGAUGGAAUGAUGUUGCAGAGAACUAAGCUCCUAAACUUCCCAGGGAGGGCGAGGCCAUGUCCCUCACUCCACUACCCCCCUCCUCCAAGAAAAGUGUGCCUCUGGUGCAUAUUUCUUGCCUUACUGCCCAUGACUGGCCUAAAUUUUAGAGAACACUGCAUAAUGAUUGAUCACAUUUUGGGAUAAGAAUGGUCUGAUCCAAAGAAUCUGUUCCAAACACUCUUUUUAUCUGCAAAGUAUGUUAAGCCAUAUAUUGUAAUACAGGGUCAUGUAGUAAACAAUAAUGAAAAUGGAAAACAAGAAAUUUUUAGAGUUAAUCUCAGCAUGGUUAACCAAACAGGCCCCUGAUACUGUGUGCUGUUAGUAAAUAAAUUAAGUUGCUGCCAAUAACAGAAGGAUCAAACAUCCUGCCAAAAGAACUGAGUACAUGUUAGGACUGAGAAUUUUUUCUGUCUGACCUUUCCAUUUUCACUUUCUGCAGAGAUUUAAACAACAAGAAGAAGAACAAGAGAAAGAAUACAACAGAUUAAGGUUAACACAAGCCAAAGCAGGAAUCCUCGCUGAGCGAAGCAUUGAAAGAAAGAAGAAAGAGAUUGAAGUGGACCAGGCUGAUGAGAACAGGAGACUUUCAGCAGAACAAAGAGCCAAGUAAGUUAUAACUAUCAUUAAUUCUUUUCUCAUUCAAAUAUCGGAAAAUUCAAGACAUAAAUAAAUCUAUCAUUCCAUCACUUGGUUUCUUUUAUUUAGCUCUCCCCUGCUCUUUAGAAGUAACACAAUAUCAUACCCUUUGUUUCCCAAAGCUUAAAAAACAUGGGUUUGGAGUGUUUGCAAGAUUAGUAGGUGUACUUUACAUGUAUGAAUUAACUCAAAGGAAGCCAUGAACAGUACACUUUCCAAAAUCCUCUUUCAGAAUUGGGCCAAAGUAUGUCUUUGACUUUCCAAUGGUUGGUAGAAAAUUCAUAAUUUUUCCUUGCUUCAUUGCAGAAUGGAAUACCUUGACAAGGAAGUUUACACUAACGAUCCAACUGCAGCAUACUUCAUGCAGUUUAAUACAACAAGCAGAUGAAGAUUUGUGUUUCCAGUUGAACUUUCAUAAUAAAGCGGUGUUUUACCUGUGAACUUGCACAUGUUAAUUAUAUUUUAAGUUUGAGAAUGGCUUGAAGGCAUUUGCUAAUAGAAUGCAACCAAGGAGAUGGCUUGAAGACAAGGACUUUAUUUUCAC